GCGGCCCGCGGGCCGGGGGGCGCGCGCCGGCGGGGGCCGGGGGAGCUGGCGCGGCCCCGCGCCAUGAGGGACCAGCUGGAGCGGGGCCGGGAAGAGUGGCGGGAGCUGGAGGAGGAGUUCCGGCAGCUCCAGGAAACACACAAAGUUUACAGGCAGAAACUGGAAGAAGUCACCAGCUUGCAGACAGCCUGCAGCAGCUCCAUACAGAGGCAGAAGAAGACACUAAGGGAUCUGAAGCACAGCCUGCAACGGUGCAAGCCCAGAGCGAGUCCUGAGGAGUUUGCUCUCAUUCAGGAGAUCAGCAGCCAGAUCAAGGAGAGGCAGAAUGCCUUCUUUGACAUGGAAGCCUACCUGCCAAAGAAGAACGGCCUGUACUUGAAUCUGGUGCUGGGAAACGUGAAUGUAACUCUCCUGAGUAACCAAGCAAAGUUUGCCUACAAGGACGAGUAUGAGAAGUUCAAACUUUAUCUGACAAUAAUCUUGUUACUUGGGGCUGUAGCCUGUAGGUUUUUUCUGCACUAUAGGGUGACAGAUGAAGUGUUUAACUUUCUGUUAGUGUGGUAUUACUGCACGCUGACGAUACGGGAAAGCAUUCUCAUUAGCAAUGGAUCAAGGAUCAAAGGCUGGUGGGUGUCCCAUCACUACGUUUCCACGUUCCUGUCUGGAGUGAUGUUGACGUGGCCGGAUGGACUCAUGUAUCAGAUGUUUCGCAGUCAAUUUUUAGCAUUUUCAAUAUUUCAGAGCUGUGUUCAGUUCCUACAGUAUUAUUACCAAAGGGGCUGCCUCUAUAGGCUCCGGGCUUUGGGGGAGAGAAACCACUUGGACCUUACAGUGGAAGGAUUUCAGUCCUGGAUGUGGCGGGGGCUGACGUUUCUCCUUCCCUUCUUGUUCUUCGGGCAUUUCUGGCAGCUAUAUAAUGCAAUCACGCUUUUCGGAUUGUCAAGGCACAAGGAGUGCAAGGAAUGGCAGGUGUGUUUUUGUGUUGGCUUUCACGUUCCUGCUGCUCUUCCUCGGGAACUUCCUCACUACUCUCAAGGUGGUGCACACUAAACUCCAGAAGAACAAAGACAAAGUGAAGAAGCUGUGAACCACCCCAUUCAUAGUGUGCAUCCCUCUGCCUGCAGCAGGGCUGGGUUUGGGACAGAUCCUGCUAAAGCCCAGCUCGGACAGAUGGGCUCAGGAGGACUCGUCUGUCCCCGUGUUUGGCAAAGGACUCUGCCAGCACAGACUCAGUAUUAUCUCAAGCAUGGCUCUCCAGUCUGCAGUCCUGCUAUUUAUGUAUAUUUAAUAUAAAACAUGUUUGCUUCUGGGUUUUUUUUUUCUUCUGUAUAUAGAGCAGCAUGCACCUGCCUGGCAAAGCGCCAGCGUUGGGGGAAUGUGGGAUCUACUGUAAUUCCAAUUCUGGAAUGAUAUUUAACACUUUCCAGUUUUAUUAUUUAAAUUCUGGUAAUUGAAUUUGCAAAGGGUUAUAAACACUCUGGGUGGAUCAGGAAUACAGAGCGAAUGCUGUUUUUCAAGGCAUUUGUUUAAGGCAUAUUUUCAGUGGCAAUACUAAACCUGUGUGUACUGUGAAAAGAAAGUGCUCAUCUUUGUACCAUACUGCUGCUAUAUACACUUUUAAAAAGCUGUUUAAAGAAGAGAAAUUCUCUUUAGAAAACAAAAUCAAGCAAGCAAAAGCGGUUUUUAAAUGGCAGGGAAGUCUGCUAUCCCUUUUCCAGGGAGACCGAGUCAUCUGUCCAGGCCUGAAAGGACCUAAAAUAAACCAUUCAAUAUGCA